GUGUUUCCCGAUGUUUUCACUAAACGUGAGCUCAAUGGAUUAUGUUUGCAUUGUACCAACCAAGACUGUCUUUGGUAUGGCACUUAUGAAGCGCUGGAGGUGAGUUAUAUGAAGAGGAGGAACGAAGGGGGAAUGUGGAGGAUCACGGAUGGUAUAUCUGUGGUUAGUUAGCGCGCUGUUUCUGGCCUCUGAUCUAAGCUUGCGACUGUAGUUACUUAGGUUGGGGUAUGGUUAUUUUCUCUUGUACUUCGAGUGUUUUUUUCUCCGAGUCCUUCAGUUUCCAUACUUCACCAAAACCUAACCCUUAUGCCUUAGUUGUCAAGCACCAUGAGCCCCUGGCUUGGGUGAAUUGAGCAACCACACUUUGUGUAACUGAUAUCAAAGAAAUAAUAUAACCACAAAAAUAAUUGCAACGUACUAAAUCGAUGAGUAGGUUUUUAAUACGGUUUAUAAAUGUCUUGCUUUAUAGACAGUCCUUUAAGCGGGUCAAGGUGAAAAUAUGAAACCCAAUGGAAUUAAUUCUCAUGCAAAUAGAGUUUAUUCUCUUUUAUCCCAGCUCACUCUUCUGUUGAGAGCUUCUGUUGGGAGCUUAUAGUGCCUGGGGUGGACUAGCGUUCCGUGCUGAGAAAGUCGUUGACUCUCAUUCACAUAGCAGCAACAGAACUAGGACAAGCGUAUAUAUUAGGUAACCAGGGCACUUAUAUAGUUAUAUAGGUACAGAUUGAAUAAUUCAACUUAUAAUAUCAGUAACCAUUUCUUGUGACUUAUAGGGACAUUCUACUGUCUGUGAACAUGCUUUGAUAAACUGUAUCCAUUCCCAAUGCAAGAUGAAAUUCCAACGCUCUCAUCAGGGUGAACACUUGAAAAUUGAAUGUGAAUAUCGGAAUGUGAAGUGUGAUUUUUGUGGGCAAGAUGUCACCUUUGCCUUGAUGAAGGUAAGGAAAAAUAAAGUAACUUUUGAGAACAGUUUGAAAAAUCCUGCAAUUCAAUUCACAUUUAGUUAUCCUUGAACUAGUACGGUUUACUCAGUUUUACGCACUGUUCUUCUAGGAACAUAUUGGUACAAGCUGUGAAGGCGCACCCUUGACUUGUAAAUACUGUAAGGAAGACGUCUUGAGAAAAGACAUCGAAAACCACGAGAGACGCGAUUGCGACGAGGUUCCGGCGACAUGUGAAUUCCAGGCUGUAGGGUGCAACCAUGACAAGGUAAUAAUUUGUUGCUGGCUGUGUUCAUGGAUCAUAAACACACUCGCGGUAGGAAACUCACGAACACGCAUGAUGUUUUUAGCGUACUGAUGGCGUCUCGACAUUGUUGAAAAUUAUGACAUCGUCACAUCGCUGAAUCCGAAAUAUUUCCACGUUUAGCAUGAUACAACAAUGCCACUCUAAGAUGAUAUAUCUAAAAAUUUGUUGGUCCUUUUCUGGGAACAUAUGAACCUUUUGAUGGUGAAAUACGCGCACAACUUUCAAUUAUAUCAACAGCAUGCAUGCAAUUGUUGUGGCGCCAAUUUCUUGAUUACAAAGACAAACAACAUUUGCUUCGAAUAUUUUGUCGUGGAGAAGCAGGUUUGAAAGACAAUAAAAGCAUUCUGAAUCUCAAUAUGGUAUUUGAACGUGAAAAAUAUAUGGACUGAAUGGAAGAAAAACGCAGUAAACUUAAGUACUUAACUAUAUUCGUUGUAUAUAUUCGUGACAUCACGAAUUUCAAUUCAAUUUUCGAACUGCGCAGUUUUUUUAUACCGCCCUGUAUAAUGUUCUGAUAUAUCAUCUUUGUUUUUUGCGGCUAUCAAAAGGCGACUACGACACACUUCAAACCUGGCCAUUUCAGAAGAAGAUUACCAUGAUGCUCUUGGAUCAAGGCAAUGGAGAUCACAUGAUCGAUGCGUUUCAUUCCGACUCUCAGAGUUCGUCUUUUCAACGGUCGAAGUCUGAUAUGAAUAUCGCUUCAGGCUCUCCGUUGUUUAUGCCGCUUGAUAGUUUAAAUAAUCGCCAAUAUAUCAAGGAUGAU